CAUCGAUCUGCGCGGAUGGAUGGCAUAAAGAAGCCGGCCGGUGAAAGCCGCCGCAAAAUCGUGUGCCGCUUUUGCUCCACGCUGGUGCCACCAAGACGGGCUGUUUACCUCUUCUCGCCAGCGAACGAAAACACUGCAGCAGGAGAAACGAACCGAACGAUCGCUGAUGAUGUAGCCGAGUUUGCGGAUGUUACGCUUAGCAACGACGAUGACGAUUGCUCCAAGUAUAUAUGCACCGGCUGUGUGAAUGUGCUCGGGGCCGGGCUUCAGCUGCGCCGCGAAAUCCGUAUCAGCGAGAAGGUCGUUGAAACCGUGUUACAAUCCAUUGAGGUACAGGCAGGCUCUCCGAAAUGGGAUCACAACUAUGGCACGCUAGAGUACUUGGAAGAGUACGAGGACGAAAUCGAAGGCAGUAUCGCAGCGAUUGCCGGAUCCAACUGGAGUGUUCUGGAGGAAAGUGUCCAGAAUAAAGCCGCAAUCAAGGCGAAAAGCACCACCGUGAUGAAUGACGACGGAUCUCAGGAGGAAAGUAGCCCAAAUAACAUUGUUUAUGGAGAUGACGAAACGCUACAGGAUGACAUUUCCACGGAGCAACUAUUGGAACAGGAGGACGACAUGAUUCCGUACACUUUUUCGGAGGUUGGCAAAUUUGCGUUUGUUAAACCACCCGCCGAUCUGGUCAGCAACAGUAUAACGUUCAAAGACUUCGAGUAUCUAGAGAUCGAUGGUGAACGGUGUUGUGGCUGCUCCUACAUUGCGCAUACGCACGAUGAACUGAUGGCGCACGCGGCACAGGUACACUCGCAGAACUACUAUCCGGACAGUAGCUACACCUGCCCUACCUGCUAUCAAAAGUUCCCAACAGAGGAAGAACUAUCGAACCACGCUCUCUACUAUUUGACCAACGAUGUGUUCCUGUGCAGUUUGUGCCAGUAUGCGUUCAACUUCAAGAGCCAUCUUAUGCAGCACCAGAAACAGGAACACCAACAGCAGAAGCAGCAAACGGGAAUAAAAAGGAAAGAUCAAAAGUCGUUCAAGCAAGAUGCAAAGAGAGCCAUGAUAUCGAAAAAGAUUUACGAGAUUCCGGAGGAACCGUUCAUCAAGGAGGUGAUUGAUCAUCAGCAUUAUCGGGAGUACCAUCUCAAGGGGGAGCGAUGCUGUGCAUGCGAUAUGCUACAAGAAUCGCUGCACGAUCACGCGAAUGAAAUGCAUCGGCAGCUGGAGAACAUGCUCGAGACUGUGGAGGGCGUAACGAAGUGUGCCGUAUGUCAGCGAACGUUUGCCUCCGAUUGUGAGCUGAUAGUGCAUGAGGAGCAGCGUCGAAUGUUGAACCAAGUAUAUGAGUGUAGCACAUGUGCCCAGACUUUCGGCAAACGACUCCUGAUCAUGAAGCAUCUGCUGCAACAUAACGCACAGGAGCAAACCAAAAGCCAGAUAAUUAAUGAUGAUGAUGCAAAGCGAUCGUCCCCAGCAGACGUCGUGGAAGAGAGUGUGGAGGAAGAUACAGCGUUACGGGCCCUUCCAGCGGUAAUGGAUGAUUCGGAAAACCGGAAUGCCGUUGGAUUACAGUGCUUCCCCUGCUGCUUCAAUCGGUGCCACCAAUCGUAUCCUUCCGAGAAGGAGCUAUUGGAACACGUCCACGAAAAGCAUGCCGGACGCCAGAAGGAGAAUGAAAUGACCCGUGAAAAGAACCGACCGAACGCAGAUCCGACCCUCGUAUGUCCCAUUUGUCAACGAUGGUUCGAAUCGGAGGAAAAGUUAACCUCCCAUCGGAUGUACAAGUUGCGCGUCGAGAGACUUUCCUGUCGUCACUGUGAUCGCCAGUUCGUGAGAGCGCAGGCACUAUCGGAACACCAGCUGCGCGAACAUUUUAAUCUUCCCACUCAGUUUACCUGCACGACCUGUGACAAGCAGUUUCAGAAUCGCCAUUCACUGACCCAACACAAGCGGACGCAUGAGCCAUCCAGUAACACCCCUUGUUUGGUUGAGGGCUGCGAAAUGGUGUUCCGUGAUGAGCGUCUAAUGCGUCGCCACUAUCGGAAUGUGCACACCGAGUACACACCAUACGCGUGUGAAGAUUGUGACCGACAGUUCCGCACGAAGGAAGCUUUCGUUCUGCACCGACGAAGUCACACCGGAGAACGACCGUUCCACUGCCGCUUCGAUGGCUGUAAUCGUACCUUUGGCCACGGUACGGACCGUCGACGGCACGAACGAUCGGCACAUACGGGUGAGCGACCGCACAAAUGUAACCAGUGUGAAUCAUCGUUCUUGCGUGCCCGAGAGUUACGCAUUCAUCAGGAGCGUACACACAAGCCGUUGCCUCCGGGACCGUAGAUCGCAAAGUUUCGUUUGAAUUUUAUUCCGUUGUAACUGUCCUUUUGAAGAAUUAAAAAUAUUUUUAUUAAAUGCAUUACUAAACUAGUGCACCAGCCAACCCUAGUUUAUCUUAAGUAAUCAUUAACCAUAGAACUGAUACGAUUGGGAUGAAAUCGUUCGAAUAGUAACCCUCUUUAGUUCUCUAGUCCAUUUAUUAACGUGUCCAGCAAAACAUACAUUCGCUACAAUACAAUACAAAAGUCACAAACAUGAGGAUCAAUCGCUAAUAAUAAAAAAGGAU